AUGGAGCAGCAGCCCGCCAUGUCUUGGCCCGAACAGUUACAGGAGAAUCCCCUCAUUGCCCCUCCAGGAGACGAUGAGUUCUCCAACUUCCUGGAGUUCAAUAUGCACUUCCCCGAUCUUGAGGGGCACGGGCCAGGGCAAUCACAGGAACAUUCACAUUCUCUGCAACAACAACAUGCCCUUGUUACUCCUACCACUUCCGCUCCCGAGAUCACCUCCGACCCGCGAUCACAUCCAUUUACAGCUAUGGAGGGACUGGCUAUGGAUUUCACCGGUCAUCCUGCCAUGUCGCAGCCGCAGUCACAGUCGCACGCACAUCCCGGUCCCAUACCUUACUCAACUCCCAACAUGACCCCCGGUUUCUGUGCCCAGGAUGCUUCAUCACUCCCUUCGGCAAAUCACUCCUACAUGCAGGGACAACAGAUCAUUCCUCCGACCCCCAAUAGUAUGGAGUUGCAUGGCAAUGCCGCCCGGUACUCCCACCGGGACGACCAUUCGGAGAUGUACGACCGGUACUCACGUAUCAAUGAGGAACAGGCACUUUACACUCCGCUAGUAUCUCCAGCCAUGACUCCACUGGAGAGCCAAUUCCGCCUGCCGGAAUAUACGAUACCAGGAGAAUACUUCACUCCCCUCACUUCACCUGCCCUCGAGGCACAAAAUUCCAACAGUUCAAAUGACGCCUAUGCAUACCAUGCUCGCCAGGUAUCAGAUGUGGGAUUUGUUCCGUCAAGUGCAGAGGUCAAUUUCCUCCCAGGAUCCUCUAUGCCACCGUCUCCUAGUAUCAUCCGCAAGACCAACCGCCGGCGGGGGUCGACUGCUGCUUCUUCGAGGAUUCCCGGGGGCAGGAGUAAGGUCAAACAAUCGCCUUCACUCCGUGCGCAGAACCAGCGUACCAAGGGGAAGUCGACACCAACCUCGGAGGAAUUCUAUAACAGCCUACAGCAUGAAAUGGCCCGGCCGCAAAAUCACGAUGUGCGCUCUCUGCAAGUGAGCAGUACUGAAGGUUCCGGCCAGGAUUCAGUUUCGCCAGAGCCCUUGUCCGAACCUCUGAUGCCCCCGCCAGCUCUGCCAGCGCCCCGAAGAUCUCCCGUCAUGACAGCACAACCGCCGCAGUCUCCCGGAACCGCCGCCACUCCGGCAACCCUGAUGCGCAUUCAACGCUCGCAGCAUGCGCUAGAAUCCUCAGGACAGUUCGGCGGAGCGCAAUUGGAAAGCCAUGACGAACUCAUGGAGGACAUAUCUCUUCCGGAGGCGGCCGCGCCUGCUUUGCAGCCACGCCCUCAAGUCAAUCGCAUCGACACGAGUAUCCGCAUGAGCGCAUCCAGCACGAGUGCAUCCAGCCCGGCAAUCUCUGCCAAAUUCACCCCCAUGUUAGAUCCCCGGUCCGCUGCAACAGACCGAACGGGGUCUAUCGCCUUGAGCCCACGUACAAUGGCCAUGCCAUCGCCCAGUGGCCCAGUACCGAAACGAUCAGACCCGUCCCGAUCAUCGAUCUCCAGUCGUAAGCGACCCAGCGUGAGCUCCACACACGCAAGCCCUCAAUUGCGGCCGAAGAUUAGUCCCAGCAUCCAGCCGAUGAUACGUAGUAGCGAUAGUCUGACCCAAGACGCAAUCUACCUCGCCUCCAAAUCAAACUACCAGCACAUUCUAGACGGGACAUUACCCUCAGGCGUCUCCUACCCCGAAACACUCGCCGAGAACCUAAGCUCGAAACGCACAAACCACAAACUCGCCGAGCAAGGGCGUCGCAACCGAAUCAACAACGCCCUCAAGGAAAUCGAGGCAUUGAUCCCGCCGGAAUUUGUCCAAGCCAAACAGGCCAAAGAGGCCGCUUUAUCCGGCAUCAAGCCAAGUGACAAGGAGAAGGAGAAGGAAAAGUCAGCCAACCAAGCCAUCAGCAAAGCCAGUGCCGUCGAAAUGGCCAUCGAUUACAUCAAGGCUUUGAAACUCACCCUCGAGCAAACGACUACGAAACUGGUCGCCGCUGAAGCGAAGCUGGCUAGCAGUGCUUCCCCCGUCGAUGCCAGUGCCAAUGAUACCCCUUCGGACAGCACUACCACCCCGGCAGCCGAGUCGAAUGCUGCCGGUCCAGUCUCAGAAACGAACGGCUCGUGCUCAACCUGA